AUGGCCGACAACAAGAAGAGAUAUGACGCACUCUUCAUUUCUUUUGUCAGCAGCGACGACACGUACGAGGUGCUAGCUGGUACCAACACCCUCAGUGAAGGCGGCACCCGACACACGGUGACAUUCAUAAGCUCUCAUGAGGGUUAUGACGCCAGUGAUUCCUGGAUCAAUGACAUCGCCGUGCUCAAGGUAUCCCCAGCUUUCCCAAUUGACAGCGUCACAGUGGCGCCAAUACAGCUGCCGGAAAAGGAUGAGGAGGUUCCAGACAAUGCCAACGUCACGACCAUCGGCUGGGGAAAACAUUGGUACUUUGGAGAGAUUCAAGAUGGCCUGCGCAAAGUGGACAUACACAUAUGGCAGCAGUGGCUGUGUGAGUCCGUGUGGCAUGACAUCAAUUACAACGUCCACCCUACACAGAUCUGUGCAAUUCGUUUCAAGAAUAACAAGCACUACGACGCCUGCACUGGUGAUGAAGGGGGUCCGCUGCUCUACGAGGGGAAGGUUGUGGGGCUGGUGUCGUGGGGACACUUUUGUGGUGCAAUGGAUGGGAAACACAUAGCAUUUGCCCCACCACGAACUGCUGGCUCAACAUACUUCAAUUAUAAAAAGUUCCACAGUGUUGUUUUACUAGCUAUUGUGGACGCUAGGUGUCGAUUCUCUUUGAUUGACAUUGGGUGUAAUGGAAGAGUGAGUGAUGGUGGGGUGUAUGCAAAUAGCCUGAUCAGCAGUGCACUUCGGGAAAACUGGUUGAAGGUGUCGCUGCAGAAGAACGCAACACACUGGUGCGGCGCCACCAUCUUGAACCAAGACUGGGCACUCACUGCAGCUCACUGUGUCGAAGUGUUACACCUAGUUCUCUUCUGCAAAGAUGUGACGCACGAGGACACGUACGAGGUGCUAGCUGGUACCAACAGCGUCACCGAAGGGGGUACCAGACACACCGUGACAGACAUCAGUUCUCACGAGGGAUACAACGCCAGUGAUUCCUGGGUCAACGACAUUGCCGUAUUGAAGGUAUCUCCAGCUUUUCCAAUUGAUGGCGUCACGGUGGCGCCAAUUCAGCUCCCGGAGCAGGGAGAGGAGGUUCCAGACAGCGCCACCGCCACGGUCGUCGGGUGGGGAAAACUGUGGUACUUUGGACCGUAUCCAGAUGGCCUGCUCAAAGUGGAUGUAUGA